CGACAGUUCGCGAAAACAAUGAAAAACUACAGAACAAGGAAAAAAUCAAUUAUUGAUAAAAAUAGAUAAGAAAGCAAGUUUUUAGGGUAGAACCAGUCUCAGACAGUAUGGAGAGGGUGGUGUACCAGCAGCCUAUGGAUGAUGGAGGUCAGGAGCAUCAUCCCAUGUUGUUGAAUGAUGGCCGAGAGGUUCCCAAACUGCCUCAGCCUGAUCUAACAAUAUAUGGUAAUGAUCUCUCCUACUUCACUCUGUUGAGACAACAGCUGAGUAACAGCUCGCAUCAGAAACACCAUGGAUUUAUUCACAGCAAUCAGCAACCACAAAAGAUCAAGCUUAAUGUCUCCAAGGCAACACGGGUCCUUGAGCCUCCUCCUUCUCCGGAUGAAGUUAUCUUGAUUGACAGUGAUGAAGAAGAUGACAGCACAUCAUCAAAGAUUAAUUUUCCCAAAGAAUUCAAAGAUCUUCAGAUGGAAAGCUCAAUUCAACUGAACCAGACUGUGGAUUCUUCUGCUUGGACUCAUCCGACUUCUCCUGCUCCAAGAUGUGUACCAGUCCAAAAAAAGAAGCUGCGUAUGUCCACCAAACUGGUAGCCGAUGAGGAGGAUCAAGGUUGUGACCUGAAACUAAAGCAUGAAGAUAUCAAGACCAUGGUGGUGGAUCCUACUCCGGAACCGCAGACAAUAGACACAGGACAGCUGGGAAUACAGAUGAGAACAGGAGGAAUUGAUGACUUAAAUGAGAUUCUCGAGUUGAUGCAUGAGAUUGGCGAGAUUCCGAAAGUGAAGGAGAGGAAAAUCAGUUUUGAGGAAGGGAAAGUGGUGGAUGGAGAGAAGGAGGCACUAGUAGAACUGCUGAACACCCAGGAGAAACUGAAGAAUGGAACCACAGGAGUCAUCUGUCAGAGGUUGGAGAGUUCUCGCUACGAGGAGUACAACGAGGGACAUUUCACCGUCCUAAAACAGUUGGGGGAGGGGUCGUACGGAACGGUGGACCUGUGUAAAGAUAGUGCCACAGAAGAACAGUUUGUUCUCAAAAAGGUACAGAAGGACUUCAAAGUAGAAGAAGUAGUGGUGCUGUUGUACCUUGAACAUGAGAACAUCACUGCUCUGUAUGGAUACAUCAAAAGAGAUGGAAUUUCUGAAAUUCUAAUGGAGUAUGCAGGGAUGAACCUGUUGAACUUUGUCCUGAAGAAACAAACGAUGGAGGAGCAGGUCAUUUGGAACAUCACCAGACAGGCUUUGUCAGCCCUCAAAUACCUGGACCAACACCAGGUCAAACACCUGGAUCUUAAACCUGAGAACAUCUGUGUCACAGACAACAUGGUGGUGAAACUGACUGACUUUGGUUCGGCAAAAAUGGCCAUGCAGGAACAGGACUACCAGGGUUGGACCUCCGAGUACAUGGCUCCGGAGAUGUGCCGCUCCUUCCUAAAAAGCCGUUACCCCAAUGUCUUCAAGGACGAGAAAGAGGACUUCUCUCUGACUGGGAAGGUUGAUGUGUUUGCUUUUGGUCUUGUGGUGCAGUUCAUGCUUGAGAGAGCACACACACAGACCAAAUUUUACACCGAUGGAGCCAACUCCUACAAAGAUGUGAAAGAUGUUAACCAGCUGAGAUUGCAGAUCAUCAUUGCUAAUGCGAAGGAUCCGGACAUGAUUCUCAAAUUAAUGUUGACAGAGAAAGGAAGUGUGGGCAUCAGAGAACUUCUCCGAGGCCUCCUACAGGGUGUGCCUAAAAACAGACUAUCCGCAGAACAAGCCCUCCUCAAGAUUGAAGCCAUGGAGAGAAAGCACAUGAUUCCAGGACUCCCUCCACCCGAGACGAAAGAUGACACAGUAUCUACGAAGUUAGCGUCUUUCCAUCGACGCCGCUCUACUGCACGACAGCUCAGCACUCUGGCCUCCAUUAGCAGCAACACAUCUCAGAUAGAGGAGCCACUGUCUCCUGGUCCUGUGAAAGGACGACGGAAGGGCAGAAAAAGAAUUUGUCCUUACGACUUUGAUGACAAUAACAAGCCAAUUGCAGUGGAUGAGAAUCUUCUUGGAAAUGUUCCUGAUUUCUCAGUGCUUCAAGCUUAAGACUUGUAAAAUUUAUAAAUGUGAAUUAUGAAACUAAAAACUAAAAUACCACCAACAGUUUUUUAUUCUUUAGUUAAGAUAUGUUAGAUAGUUGUUGCAAACUGCAAAUGUAUAAGUUU